GUUUUUAAAACGUGAACUAUUUCUAAAAGGAUACUUACGUAUAUGUAUAAAGAAAAAGCAGUAUUCGUGUUAUGAAAGUGGUGCUAUAGUUUGUAAGAAGGAAUUUUCGUGUUCCCGGAAUAAGUUUUGUAAGCGAAAAUCUUGCGUAUAGAUACACGUUGAACCACCGGCACGUCUAGCCAUGUAUGUGUACAAAAUUUCGUGUGGGUGUUGAAUGGUAUAUAGUGAAAGUGUAAAGUCGAGUGAUUCGGAAUAAUAUUAUAGUUCCAAUAUUGCAAAUAAGGUCUGCAAGAUGGGGGAAAUAUUGAUAAAUUUAAACCAAAAUCUUAAUAACCAGCAGACAUUACCCAACGGAUGGGGCGAUACUAUGGGAAAAAUACAAUAUUGGCAUCCCGAAGGCCAACAAGGCCAACAGGGUGAACAAGAACUGGCAACAAAGAUGCUACAAAUUCAAAGUAAGAGAUUCUAUCUGGAUGUGAAACAAAACAGACGUGGCAGAUUCAUCAAAGUUGCUGAGAUUGGAGCUGAUGGACGGAGAAGCCAGAUUUUUCUGGCAUUGAGCACAGCUUCUGAAUUUCGAGAUCACCUUUCCACAUUCAGUGACUUUUACGCAUCGUUAGGUCCCCCAAAUCCAGACAACGUGCCGGACGACGGAAAACUCAAGUCAGAAAUGAUGGUGAAAGAUAAUCGGCGGUACUAUCUUGACCUCAAGGAAAACUCACGUGGCCGUUUCCUGAGGGUGAGUCACCCUGUGUCUCAAACGAUAACACGGGGUGGACCAAGGUCGCAGAUAGCAAUACCAGCGCAAGGGAUGAUAGAAUUUCGUGACGCAUUGACAGACCUACUAGAAGAAUUUGGUACAGACGAUGGUGGAUUCAAAGGCGACUUACCAGAGGGGCGUUAUAUGCGUGUUGAUAAUAAAAAUUUCUACUUCGAUAUUGGUCAAAAUAAUCGUGGCAUUUACAUGAGAAUUUCGGAGGUGAAAACGAACUUUAGAACAGCGAUUACCGUACCAGAGAAGUCAUGGGGACGAUUCAGAGACAUAUUUGCGGACUAUUGUGAAAAAAUGAAGGAGGGAGGAGGAGGAGGAGGUGGAGGUGGAGGAGGAGUUGGGAUCGGUGGUGGUGGUAGUAGUGGAAUUGGUGGAAACAAUCUGGCAGAUGGAAAAACAAUGGUGGCGCAAGUACCAUCACCCUCUUCGUCUCAACAGCCUAAUCCUAAUUUAGACUCCCCACUACUCAAGUGAAAAAGACUUUAACUUUAACUUUUGAAUUAAAACGAUAACUCGUUCUGAAACCGUUGAAGAGGGAAAAAAAAAUUUAAACUCUGCACAGUUUAUAUCAUCGAUACCAGAACGGUGAAGACAGAGGAUCGAUUAUGAAAUAAUGUUAAUCAAUUUUCGGAUCUAUUCGAACAGAGGUUGAUAACGAUGAAAUUACGAAUAGUACCAGCCCAAACAUGUACAUAGAAACUGAAUAUUACGCUACCUAUGAAACAAAAGAAUUAAUUACCUAAACAGAUAUGAAUAUUACGCGGAAUUAAUAGAUGCAGAUAGUAUUACUAUUACUGUUCAUUUCCUGGUAAGCAGUCCAGUCAAUUACCAUACAUACGUUUCGCAAAUUACUAUCAAAAAAAUUCAACAAUAUUCUUUUAUUUGUUGUAUUUUUUUAUUACUUCGAAAUGUUCAAAAUAAUACUGCAAUUCUAACAUCGUAAUAGACACACUGAUUUUUAUCAAAUCCCAACUUUAUUUGAAUGUAUCUAAUUUCUACAACUACCCGAUAAGAUUUAAAAUGAAACUUAUCGCCAUUUAGAUGACAGUCAACCACGCGAUUUUGCAAACCAGGUGAACCAAUUCAAAUUUGUUUUUUUUUUCUGUUUCAUCCCGUUUAUAUGUUUGUUAUGCUUGAUACAUUCAUUGAUUCUUAGCGUCAUCUGUGUAAUGAGUUAAAAACGUACACUGUUUUUUCGUAGUAUUUAAUUAGUAGAUUCGACUUUUUAAAAUCGCUUCACUUAAAAAGAAAUAUAAUGGAUUCCUGUUAGGAAAUGAACUGUAGCAAAGAUUACGUUACAAUUGAAUUUGAUUGUUCAGAAUUUAUGGAUAUAUAGUUGUUAUUAAUAAUUAUUACGAGCGCAUACAGGAGAAGAACAAUAAAAAGAACAACAAUAACAACAACAACAACGCAAGUACUGCAUACCCUAACGAUAUAUAAAAUCGCACCAUUUUACGUUUUGACGCUUGUUUCAGCAUGAGAAACUUAUAAAAAUUCUGUAAUUCUGACAAGCCUAAAGUUUUUUUUUUAUCUGAAACAAGUUCCCGAUCACACAUUAAAUAUUUAUUAACUAUAAUAAAGUUCAAGUAAAAGUAAAUUAAAUUAAGCUGGAUAAUUAUAAUUGCAAAUAUGAAUUAAGUAAUUAAAAAUUACAUAGGAAGGGUUCCGAUGCAAGACCAUACAACAACACCACACACCACAAUUGUUUAUUAAGUAAAAUAACAUCUCUAUGAUUAAAAUAAUGUUAUAUUAUAUAGGAAAGUAAAAAUUAAACCGAUAUGAAUUUAUAUAAUAUAUAUAUUAUAUUUAUAUAUUACGUUCCACCGAAUUGUACUAAGAAAGAAAAAAAUUUAAGGAAAAAAAAUAGGUCAUUACAUACCGGUACAUACAUAUGUAUACAUAUAGAUCAGACGAAGAAAAAAGAAACAAUUACGUGUGCAAUGGUGUGUACGGUGUACCUAAAAUAUUAUCUACGUGACGUCACGUUCAAUGCAACCGCAUACUAGGUAUAUUAUAUGAAUGCAUAUUAUUUAUAUAGAAUCUAUAUUAUAUUGUAACGAAAUGCCAACGCAUGCGGACCUAAGUUUCUGUGAAUUUAAGGAAUAACCAAAUCGAUUAAAACUAUUACAGAUACUUAGGCCCUCAGACUUCAGUCUGAAAACGCAAAAAACCUGAAUGUACUUGAGUACGAAAGACAAAUGGAUUGAAAAAAACAGAAAGGGAAACUUCGAGUUAUCUUCAAAUUGCUAAACUUCCAUAAAUACUGCAUGCUAUGCUUAUCAUUAUUUUCUGAGCAAGAAGGAAAAAAUAUAUACGUAUAUUUUUCUUUUCUUUCUUUAUAUCAUUGGACACACGCUUUCAUUGCGAUGAUCAUUCAAUUGGUGCGAUAAGAAUUGUUAUUAUGAACAAUAAUAGGAAGAUUUAAUUAGAUUUAUCAAAAUUGUGCAUCGAAUGCACCUUAUUUUGGGAGAGAUGAAUACAUAUAUUCUAUUUAUUUUCUAUUCUUAGCAAUAAUAUAUCUAUCGUAAUUAAGCAUUUGUUCUUUUUUCGAUUGUUUUUUUUUUUCGUAUUUUCAAAAUUAAAUUUCGGCUGGUCUGAAUUCAAUAGUGUAGGAGUCAUAUUCAUAAAUUCAUUAAUUACAAGAAAUUGAGAGGUACGGAUAUAGCUCAACAACUCAAGACUACUGUCCAUUUUAAAUUUGACAAAUGAGUAGAUUAAAAAUUUUAUUGUAUUAAUUGCAUACGGAAAUAUCUAUAUGUGAAUAAAUUUCAAACUAUGAAACGA